CAAUUUUACCCGAAGAUCCCCAGCGGCUGCGGCCUACCACCCCCGUCCACAGCGCCAGCCAUGACGGUCUUCAAGGUGCCAUUCAACGGCUACUCCGUCAAAUUCAGUCCCUUCUACGAAUCCCAACUCGCCGUCGCCACUGCCCAGAACUUCGGUAUCCUCGGAAAUGGCCGUCUCCACGUUCUCCAGCUCUCCCCUGCUCCCAAAUCCAACCAACCCAUCACCGAAAUCGCAUCCUUCGAUACCGCCGACGGUGUUUACGACUGCUGCUGGUCGGAAUCCCACGAUUCUCUCAUCAUAGCCGCCGUCGCCGACGGCUCACUGAAGCUCUACGACUUAUCACUGCCCCCUACUGCAAACCCCAUAAGGUCCCUUCAAGAACACACCAGGGAAGUUCACGCAGUUGACUUCAAUGUUGUCAGAAAAGACUCGUUUCUGUCGAGUUCUUGGGAUGAUACUGUUAAGCUUUGGACUGUUGAUAGGCCUGCUAGCGUCAGGACUUUCAAGGAGCAUGCUUAUUGUGUCUACUCUGCUGCUUGGAAUCCUCGACAUGCGGAUGUCUUUGCUUCAGCUUCGGGUGAUUGUACUGCUCGUAUUUGGGAUAUCAGGGAACCAGGAUCUACCAUGAUUCUACCGGCGCAUGAGUUUGAAAUUCUUUCGUGUGACUGGAAUAAGUAUGAUGAUUGCAUCAUUGCAACAGCCUCAGUCGAUAAAUCCAUUAAAGUUUGGGACGUUAGAAAUUUUAGAGUUCCUGUGGCAGUUUUAAAUGGACAUGGAUAUGCUGUAAGGAAGGUGAAAUUUUCACCACAUAGAGCAAGCGUGAUUGCGUCAUGUUCGUACGAUAUGACAGUUUGUCUUUGGGACUACAUGGUCGAGGAUGCGCUUAUUGGACGAUACGAUCAUCAUACAGAGUUCGCGGUCGGGGUAGACAUGAGUGUACUUGUGGAUGGACUUUUAGCUAGUACCGGAUGGGAUGAACUUGUUUAUGUUUGGCAACAUGGGAUGGACCCUAGAGCACCCUGAAGAAAAGGGAAGUCUUAUUUUUGCCGACUUCUGUUGUUCUUGAAACCUGAAAGGUUCAGGUCAAAAAUUGAUAAAAUGAGAAACUGUGAAAAUAAAAUUUGGGAAACAUUCUGUUUGUAAUCUUGUGAAAUGACACAAGCUGUUUUGUUUAUAGUUACAGACUUACAGGAGAAAGAUAAUUGCAUACCAAUUUAGUGGCUGUUAUGUCAGAAAAUUAUCAUCGUGUACCAUUUGUAACUUCAAAUACUUCUACUCCAGAAAAACUCAAGUAAAGUAAAUUUUGAGUGCCCUAAAAUUCUAAAUUUCCCUAAUAACAACGGGUGAGUUUUCUGUCCU